GAAGAGACCUACGCAUCACCGGGCAUGGGACACCUCCCCUCGCGCGCCCACCAUCCAGAAUUUAACUCUUCCUUCCCGCACACUCACUACUACAGUAUUCAAGGCGAGGCUCAAACUAUAACAGACAACAGGUGGAAAGGAGAUAGAGAAGCAAAACUUUUUCACAAACCUUGAGAUUGUGUUUACUGACUCCGCUAUUCUGCCGCGUAAAAGGAACAUAUGUAGGUAGACCUAACUUGAAAGGAUAACGAAAGCAGGUGUAGUGAGAAAGGGGAGGCUGCAAUAAGAGAACCUUCGCCUUUGGACACACGCACACAAAGGAUUCUUCGUUUUUUUUCGCCAACAGAAACUUAUUUAUUUAGGAAUUAAAAUAAUCCACAUAAUCAAAUUUUUUCAAGAUGGCAAACUCGGGAAUUCAACUUUUAGGAUUCGGCCUGUCACUCGUCGGUGUCAUUGCACUCAUCGUGGGGACCAUUCUGCCACAGUGGAAGAUGUCUGCGUACAUAGGAGACAACAUCAUAACGGCGGUUGCCAUGUACCAAGGACUAUGGAUGUCAUGCGCUUUCCAGAGCACAGGGCAGCUCCAAUGUAAAAUAUACGACUCGAUCCUGCAGCUCGACAGCGCUCUCCAGGCCACCCGUGCCCUGAUGAUCGUUGGCAUCAUUGUAUCCAUCGCUGGGCUGGGCGUGGCCACCAUGGGCAUGAAGUGUACCACCUGCGGAGGGAACAACAAAGUGCGCAAGUCUCGCACCGCCAUGACUGGAGGCAUCAUCCUACUGGUUGGAGCUCUGUGUGCAGUGGUGGCCUGUUCGUGGUUCGCACACAAUGUCAUCCGGGCCUUCUAUAACCCUUAUACUCCUGUUAACACCAAGUUUGAGUUUGGAGCAGCCAUCUUUAUCGCCUGGGGAGGUUCUUUCCUGGACGUGCUGGGGGGAGCCAUGCUGGCAUCUUCCUGUCCCAGGAGUAAAAAGCCGGUGCCCAAAUACCCUGCCAUGAGCGGCGUGAGCGCCCGCUCACCCCCCAGCAGCACCAAGGAGUAUGUGUGAGUGCCCUCUACUGCCGAUAACCGGAAUAACAGAAGAUUGAAUAUGAAGGAGUUUGUACAUGGAGUC